AUGGACAAUCUGUCAAAUAAAGCAACAAAUUGGUAUGCGGCCGAGAUUUCACCAUCUAAUUAUUUCCGACAGAUCGAUCCACUUGCCACGUUGCACAACCUAAAAUUUGGCGGUGGCCAGAGUUCAGUGUUGGGAAUAGCGGAGGUGAUAUUAAAGGCGUAUGAUGUAAUGAAUGGCAAAUUUUUCAAAAGCACUCCAUACGGAAUUUGGAUUCUAUGGGUAAUAGUAAUACCCGAAGAAUUAUCACCUUAA